UUGAUCCAUACACUCCCUUCUGACGCUUCCUCCCACAUUCAGCUUCAGAAAUGUCAUCCAGUUCUGAUCUACGAGUCCCGAUGAACGACGGAAACAAAAUCCCUGUAAUAGGGUUUGGCACCUACGCUCCAGAAUAUAUUCCUGUAGCUGAGAGCGAGGAAGCCACAAAAGCUGCGAUAGAAGUUGGCUUCCGCCACAUCGAUGGGGCCCAUUUGUACGGCAACGAGAAAGAAGUCGGGCGGGCGAUCCAAGAAAAGAUAGCCGACGGAACCGCCAGAAGAGAGGACCUGUUCUACACCGGAAAGUUAUGGUCGACCUUCCAUAUUCCGGACCAGAUCCAGUCUCACGUGAAGCAGUCUCUCCAGACCCUGCAGCUGGAUUAUAUGGACCUCUAUCUCAUCCACUGGCCGUGUGCACUAAAGCCUGGAGGAGAUCUCAUGUCUCUGGAUGAAAACGGGAAAUUGAUGCUUGAUACGAGUGUUGACCUGCGCGAUGUUUGGGAAGCUCUGGAGCAGUGUAAAGACGCGGGGCUGGUAAAGUCCAUUGGCGUCUCCAACUUUAACCGAAGACAGCUGGAGCUGAUCCUCAACAAGCCGGGACUGAAGCACAAGCCGGUCUGUAAUCAGGUGGAAUGUCACCCAUACCUCAACCAGAGCCAACUGCUGGAGUUCUGCAAGUCUAAGGACAUCCUCCUGACAGCAUACAGCGUGUUGGGGUCACACAGACACAAGACAUGGGUGGACCAGAACUCCCCGGUGUUAUUGGAAGAUCCGGUGUUAAUUUCAAUCGGGAAAAAAUACAAUAAGACAUCAGCCCAGGUAGCUCUCCGCUACCAGAUCCAGAGAGGGGUCGUGGUCAUUGCAAAAAGUUACAAUCCACAGAGGAUCAAGGAGAACUUCCAGGUCUUCGAUUUCCAGCUGUCCUCAGAAGACAUGAAGCUGAUCGACGGACUCAACCGGAAUCUACGAUACGUGGGGCUACCUGUACUUGCCGACCACCCACAGUAUCCUUUCCACGAUGAAUACUAAUGAUGACCCACAGGCUUCACGUUCGACCAAAAACCCUGAUCCUAUGAACUUUUAUAUCGGUUCUAUAAAGGAACUUCUAGUUCUAAAGCUUGCAGAAUAAAAUAAGAAACAUGUAUGCGUUAGACAUGUUCCUGAUGUGCAUACCCUAAGAGCAGCUCGAUUAUUCCUCCCCAUUGCGUUCUCCUGUUAUUACUCUGCUGUUGACUUUCGCCUGAAUCUUAGUAGUUCUUCUGGGAUUUUAAGGGUGAACUAAGGAGAAAGUUGACAUUUUGCUCAGCUUGCUAUAAAAGUUAAUUUAUCCUAAA